AACGUCCCAGAGAGGGGCGACGGGAUGGAUGGGACGCCCCACUUUGGGAGCGGGAAGGGGGGGAUAGGUGUAAGGACGGAGCGCCCCUCUGGGGACGAAGUGGGGCAGAUGGAACGCCCCAGAGAGGGGAGCGGAGAUGGAUGGGUCGCCCCACUUCGGGAGCGGGCGGGGGGAGAGGUGUAAGGACGGAGCGCCCCUCUGGGGACGAAGUGGGGCAGAUGGAACGCCCCAGAGAGGGGAGCGGAGAUGGAGGGGUCGCCCCACUCCGGGAGCGGGCGGGGGAGGCGCGCUGGCGCAGAUGGAACGAUCCGGAGCGGGGGGGAGUAGAAAGUUGGAACAUGCCUCUGGACUGCAAGGACCGUCCCUCCGGAGCGAUGGGCGGCUGGCAGGACCGUCCCUCGGCGAGGGGGGCGACUGGCAGGACCGUCCCUCUUAAAGGCGGCAGAGACGAUGGAUGAGUGCGGAUGGGGGGGGGACGAGGAGCUGGGCCUCCCCUCCGGAGGCGGGGCCGCGGCUUGCGCCACCCGCACAACGUUGCGCCAGGGGCACGUGCCUGUUCCCGGAGCGCCCGGAGCGAGCUGCGUCCGUCUCCCCAUGGCCGCUCGGCGGGACCUCGAGGUCGGGUCGCUGCUGUCCGCGGCCCGCCGGACCUUCCGGGAGCAAUUCGGGCACGACCCCCGGCUGGCAGCCUCCGCGCCCGGCCGGGUCAACCUGAUCGGGGAACACACGGACUACAACCAAGGCCUGGUGCUGCCCAUGGCCCUGCAGCUGGUGACGGUGCUGGUGGGCAGCCCCCGGGAGGACGGACUGGUCUCCCUGCGGACCACCUCGCCCUCCGCCGAUGAGCCCCGGAGCCUCAGCUUCCCCUUACCGACGGCCGAGCGGCCCCUGGAGCCCGGGAAGCCCCACUGGGCCAACUACAUCAAGGGGGUGAUCCAGCACUACCCAGCCGGCCCCCUCCCCGGGUUCAACGCGGUGGUGGCCAGCUCCGUGCCCCUGGGCGGGGGUCUCUCCAGCUCGGCAGCCCUCGAAGUGGCAACCUACACUUUCCUGCAGCAGCUCUGCCCAGACUCUGGGCAAGUGGUGGCCCGGGCACAGGUGUGCCAGCGGGCGGAGCACAGCUUCGCGGGGGUGCCCUGUGGCAUCAUGGACCAGCUCAUCUCCGUGCUGGGGCAGGAGGACCACGCGCUGCUCAUCGACUGCAGGUCCCUGGAGACCCGCCCGGUGCCCAUGUCUGACCCGAGUCUAGCGGUACUCGUCACCAACUCCAACGUGCGUCACGCACUGGGCUCCAGUGAGUACCCGGUCCGCCGGCGCCAGUGCGAGGAGGCCGCCAGGGCGCUGGGCAAGGAGAGCCUGCGGGAUCUGUCCCCUGAACAGCUCGAGGCCGGGAAGGGGCUGCUGAGCGAGGUGGAGUUCCGGCGAGCCCGGCACGUGGUCGGCGAGAUCGGGCGCACGGCCCGGGCCGCGACGGCACUGGGUGCCGGGGACUACGCCACCUUCGGACGCCUCAUGGUGGAGAGCCACAACUCCCUCCGGGACGACUAUGAGGUGAGCUGCCCGGAGCUGGACCGGCUGGUGGCUCUGGCCCUGGCCGUACCCGGAGUGUAUGGCAGCCGCAUGACCGGUGGCGGGUUCGGGGGCUGCACGGUCACCCUGCUGGCGGCCGACGCGGCCCCCCGCGCCAUGCAGCAUAUCCAGGAGCACUAUGAGGGCACCGCCACCUUCUACCUCUCGCAGGCGGCCUCUGGAGCCAGGGUACACCCCCUGUGAAGAGCCCUCACGGUGCCCAUCCUGGCUGCGAGUGGGAGAGGCAUUUGCCGGUUGGUCCCAGGGGUGGAAGGCAGGGCUGUCCCCCGUUGGAGAGAGAGGGACAAGGGGCGACAUUGCCUGCAAUACAGGUGUCACCGGUGGCCAA